UUAUGAGGAAGAGAUGACCGUUGGAUGGUGGGGACAGCAGGCGUUACGUGAUCCAACGGUUCCUCGAUAGCCGGAGCAUUUGGACAUGCGAAGAAGUCCCGUCGUUGACUAAGAAUACGGUCUACCUUCCAAGCGCACCAGGAUCGCGUGGUUCAGAACCAGCUGAAGAUCCAAGGGCGGCUAGUCGUCUACCUGGCCAAGUAGUGAAUGCGUACGUAUUUAUGUAUUUUAUUUAUUUAUUUGGUUUUAUUUUUAAUUUAAUUUUUGUUUUUCUGGGUGUAAAUGAAUUUUCUUUUUGUAUGAAAAUGAAAAUUCAGAGUAUUUAUUUAUUUUUUGAGGAGCAGAAGACGACAAAAAGCGAACUGCGAAGGAAAGAGACGAAGUACCAAACGAGAAAAAUUUAUCCAAAGAAAAUGUUGGCAAUAAAUAAUCACAAGUUAAAUUAAAUGACACGUAGAACAAUAUUAGUUUAUAUGAGAGGGAGAGAGAGAGAGAUGGGAAGGUGGUGAAAGGAGGGAGGUGAGGUGGUGGGGUGAGGAGAUUGAAUUGUGACUUUGUGAGUGCGUUUAAUGCAAGGAAAUCUGUCGUUUAAGGAAAUGAAAGAUGGAGCCCUUGCACCAAAUAAGCCAAACCAAAUGAGAGUAAGUUUUUGAGAGAGAGAGAGAGAGAGAGAGAGAGAGAGAGAGAGUCUGCUUUGUGGGUUUAAGGAAGAAGAAGACAUGCACAAUUCAGAGCUUACAACAAAACCCAUUUCUUAAUUCCAAUCACUUUACCAUAUUAUCCCAAAGUAGCAUUGUCGCAGUUUGCAUUCCUGGUUGCUGAUGAGUGGACAAUUGAAGUAAAAGUUCAGGUUUUUCUCUUUUAACAUAUUUGAAGAUCUAUAAAUUUUCAACGCCACAAUUUGUAGACAACCUGAAUCAUUGUUUUAGACAAUGCAGAAUUUGUAUAAGCAAAACUCUGAUAUUGGUUCUGCACAUUCGACAUUUCCAUUCAUUGUUGGAUCAUCAUCAUGGGAGUAUUCUACUGAUACACAUGUCCAACAGUCUACCUCCAAAAGUUUAAUCUUCAGGAUGGGCGCACCUCUACAAAAUUGUCAUAACAGAAAGCAAUCUGGAAUUCACUUUCAAGAUCAAGAUUCGUCGUCAACUCAAUCAACUGGUCAAUCUCAUUCUGAAGUGGAUAGUAUGAAAGAAGGCAACCCAUGUGGGGAAGGCAUAGUUUCAGCACAAUCAGGAUAUAAUGAAAGACAAGGGAAGCCUGUUGGUGGUCACCUGAAAUCACUCUCGUCAAUGGCAAGUCAGGGCUUUGUCUUCCCGUCACAACUUGAUUUUAGCCACCCAAUGGGUCACAUUCCAUUCCACUAUGCUGAACCAUACUUUGGUAGCUUACUUGCUGCUGCUUGUGGGCCACAAGCUACGAUUCAUCAUCCCCAGGUGAUGGGGAUUACUCCUGCUAGGGUUCCCUUGCCUCUUGAUCUUACAGAAGAUGAACCCAUUUAUGUAAAUGCAAAACAGUAUCGUGCAAUCCUAAGGAGGAGACAAUAUCGUGCCAAGCUUGAAGCUCAGAACAAACUCGUCAAAAUUCGUAAGCCCUAUCUUCACGAAUCUCGGCAUGUUCAUGCAUUAAAGAGGGCUAGAGGAUCUGGUGGCCGCUUUCUCAACAUGAAGAAGGUCCAAGAUUCCAAGCCUAAUACAACAAACAGAGUGGAUGUUUCAGGCUCAGCUCAGCUACAUUUGACCAGAAAUAUGUCCGAAUCCGAAGUUCUUGAGCCUGACAACUAUAGAGAUGGUGCUUCCACUACUUCUUGCUCUGAAGUCACAAGCACUUCCAACAGUGAUAAUAUCUUUCCACGGCAAGAUUUCAGGUUCUCUGGCUACCCCUCUCACAUUGGUGGGACCAUGCAAGUUCCCUUUGUUGAUGUGCGUGGUGGUGGGAACCAGCACCAUAUUUCCCUCCUCCGGUGAACAAUCACCAUAGCAGUCAGUGUUCAGUGUUCUGUUGGAGAAUACGACUGCUAUGUUCCCUCGGGAAGUCAUCCUUGGCUCUGUUAAAGUUCCUUUCUAUUGUUCCUUCGGGAAGUCAUCCUUGGCUCUGUUGAAGUUUCCUUUCGAAUUCCCACGGGAAGUCAUCCUCGGCUCAGUUACGUUUCAAAUUCCCUCGGGAAGUCAUUCUCGGCUCAGUUACGUUUCGAAUUCCUUUUGGAAGUCAUCCUCCGCUCUGUUGAAGUUUCCUUUUUCUAGUUAACCUUUAUAUUUAGUUUUUGGGCAAACACAAGCAUUCCUGAUGAACUAUGGUUAACUGAUAGAUGGUGACAAGAACAUAAUUACUCUUGGGUGUGAUAAAUAAUCUGCGUAUUUGUGCAGACAAUUGACCAUGGAUUUAAAAGUUUUUGUAAGUGAUGAAAAAUUAUGUUUGUGCAGAAAACUAACCUUGGUUUUGAAAA